CGCUGAGCCGAGUAUCGCAGAGGAACCCGGGGGAGUAUAUAACGAAAGACUUGGUUCACUCCUCACCCUCUAGUUCAGGCUUCGUAUUCCAUUCUCCCUGAACUUGUUCCCCUCCCUCCAGUGCGUUGGGCUUCUCUCGCACCAUGUAUCUCAUUUUCAUCCUCCCUUCCCUCUGCCUCCUCUACCAUCUGCUCCGUCUCUUCCAUACAGCGUUCACCUUGCGUUCGCUUUCCUCCGUGCCAGGACCCUGGGUAACUCGCCUGACCAAGCUCUGGUACUUUGAUCGCGUGCGUCGGGGCCAUUUCGAAGAGGACAACGUUCGCCUUCACCGUCAAUACGGCCCCGUCGUCCGCAUCGCCCCGGACCACUAUAGCAUCAGUGACCGGGCGGCCGUUAAGACCGUCUACGGAACCGGCAGCAAGUUCGCCAAAUCCGCCUGGUACGAGGGCUGGAAGCACCCCGAUCCCGACCGGUGGACCUUGUUUCCCGACCGCGAUGUGAAGAGACACGCCGAAACGCGCAAGAGGUUCUCCAGCCUCUACUCCAUGACCUCCCUGGUUCACUAUGAACAGUUCGUGGAUCAUUGCGCCGAUAUCUUUACCCAGCGAUUGACCGAGUUCACGGAGCGUGGGGAAGGUUUCAACCUCGGCCAUUGGUUCCAGUGUUAUGCGUUCGACGUCAUCGGCGAGAUUACUUUUGGACAGAGAUUUGGCUUUCUAGACCAAGGACACGACAUCGAAGGCACCAUGGACGCACUCCAGAAGCUGAUGGCAUACAGCACGCUGGUCGGCAUCUAUCCUCAAUGGCAUCCCCGACUCUUUGGCCCGUUGAGUCGCUUCAGCUGGUCUGGAGCCGGCGGUCGAGCAUACAUUAUGCGCUAUGUUGGGGAGAGAAUCCAACAGCAUAACGCCCAGCCGAAGCGAGAUCCCGAAAGCGAGACGCUUCAAACCCAGGACUUCCUGGAGAAAAUGACAAUCGCGCGAGACAAAGACCCGGAAAAGGUCACCGACUAUCAUCUCUUUAUGAUGGGCCAAUCCAACGUUAUUGCCGGGUCAGAUACCACGGCUAUCAGCCUGUCGGCGAUCAUGUACUUCUUGCUGCGUUCUCCGGCCGUGUUGGAGAAGCUGCGCCGGGAGAUCGAUGGUUUUACCGCUCAGGGUCGUUGCAGUCCCCGCGUCACAUUCAAGGAAAGCCAAGAGAUGCCAUACUUCCAGGCCGUCAUCAAGGAAGCUCUCCGCAUGCACAGCGCCACGGGUUUGCCCUUGUGGCGCGAAGUCCCGGCCGGAGGAGCCGAGAUUAGCGGUUAUUUCUUCCCCGAGGGCUCGGUGGUCGGUGUGAAUACUUGGGUGGCGCACUAUGACGAGGAAAUAUUUCCGGACGCAAAAUCCUUUCAACCGGAGAGGUGGAUAGAAGCGGAGACCGACCCCGAGAGACUGAAGAUCAUGAACGACAUGUAUAUGCCGUUUGGUCUUGGGUCCCGAACGUGCCUUGGGAAACACAUCUCGAUUCUCGAAAUGUCCAAGUUGAUCCCUCGGAUAGUUCGCGAUUUUGAAUUCGGCAUAAAACACCAGAAGUGGAACACGGAGAACUUUUGGUUUGUGAAGCCGAUCGACUUUGAGGUCACCGUAACCAAGCGAGCACCAGUCCAGACAUCCGUGUAAAUUGAAUAAUAGGGUUGAUUAUCUAGCGU